AUAUAAAUAAUUUUUGUAAGUGACUCAAGUUGAAAGCAUUUAAAAUACACAUAAAAAUACGAAAUAAUUGCAACAAAGCAACGAUUUGUUUAUAAAACGAAAAACACACAACGAAAUAUCAGCCAAACCGCAGAGGAAUUAAUGGAUAUACAACAAGAGAGAAUAAUAAUAUUGAAAAUAUAAUCCCAAGAGACACUUUUAAGAGAGAAAUAUGUUCAAUUUGCUGCGAAGAUCACGUCGUGGAAAAACGCACAAGGCGAAAGUCUACGACACAAGUGAUGAGGAUGAAAGACCCUCGAAAUGUGGCAAAAGUAAUGCCACUGCUCUUAGCCAGGAAGAGCAGCCGGAAAGAGCAGCCCGACGGGCGGUGAUCGAAGAGCUGGAGGACUUUGCCAGCGAUGAUGAUGACAACAACGAUGGCGAUAAUGAAGCUGGCAGCGGCGACGAAGAGCGUUUAAAAUUAGCAAAAACAGCUGCUAAUGGCCGCUCCGACAAUCUUUCGUAUAUAAAUAAAACGGACGGAGAUGCGAGGACGACGACGGAUGGUCGAAAUGCGGCUCCCAGCAGUCAAAACGAGGCAGCCAGCGCGAUCGCGAGCCGAAACAUUGGUGGUGGUCGAGAUCGGUCAUUAAUUGGCAUUAGCGAGCCACAAAUCGACCAGCGUACCGAGAACGAUACCCAAAAGCGACAAUCGUUGCUUUCCCUGGGAGGAUUCCGACGUCCCUCGAGCGGGGAUAGCACCACGAAGAGCCCGGAAACCGAGCCGAAAAAGCGCAGGACUCUGCAAAAGAGUCGCGAGUUCCUUACCGACAUUUUCAUGGCGCGUGGUCGAAACCACCAGCGUCAAAAGCAGCAGCAGCAGCAGCAGCAACAGCAGCAACAUCAGCAACAUCACCUAAUCGCAGCCACUGGCAAGACAAAUAAAUCGAAUAAAAGUAAUGCCAAAGACGUAAUCGCCAGCGCGGCACACCUUGAAACGAACUCCGACCCCGCGCUCGCAUCCCCGAAUACUUAUCAAAUGACUUUGGCUAAUAAUAGUUGCCCAGAGAACGAAUUCGGCGACGAUCUGCAAAGAGCGAAGAGUACUAUCGAAGAGCACAGUAACCCAGCUGGAGCUAUCAAAGAGCACGACCAUUUUCCGGCAGAGCGCCAGCAUUUUCCGGCCGAGAGUGAGUGUGAAAAGCCAAGAGCAAUGCGUUCGUUCGCCAACGAGCAGCUCAUUCAAGCGGCAAGCGUUGAGCGGGAAACACAACAGCAGCAGCCGGAGGAGCAACAGUUGCCGACAGCCGGCAAUGCAAGUGCCCCGCAGCAACAUCUGGCCAAGCAGCAGCAGCAACAUCAAGCAUCGCAACAGCAGCAGCAGCAGCAGCAGCAGGAGCAGCAGCAACAGCAUCAGCAAUUAAGUGACAUAACCAUGGGCCAGACUAGCGCCAAACCGAAUGAAAUCGGUUCGGCGCACAGUUCGCGUGCCAGCACGCCGCGUGAGUUUCGUGAGUCGGUCGUGAGUACGCAGCCACCGCAGGCACCACCGCGUCAUCAGAAAUCACCGGAAGUGCCCAAAAUCACGGUCGAGGAUUGCAGUUUCCAUUCGUCGACGUCAUCGGAGGGAGAGGCGGAGCAGCACGAAACCUUCUACGAACUGAAUAAUCAUGCAGAAGACUCGCUAAACAUUGAAGAACUCAAUGAGGCGCAUAUAGAGACCCUGGAAGAUGAGGUCUUUGCUUCCGAUAUACCAGCGACCAUAUAUCAAAAUAUGAAUAAUCGCCCCUGGACACGAUUGAGUCAUGUCAAGCUGGAGAAUGUUCAAGAGGAAGCAGAGGAGGAGGAGCACGAUGAGGACGAUGACGAAGUAGAUGAAGCCGUUGACUUGGAAUAUGAACCACAUGCUGGACAUCAGCCAACCAAUGGCACCUCUCGCCAGUCGGCAAGCAGCGAGAGGAGCGCCCUAAAAUCCGACUCCAAUCUGAGCAGCAGCUAUGCCGACUCGGGGAUUGGGGAUCAGGAGUUGCCACCGCAGCAACAGUUGCCGCCACAGCCACCGCCACGCAGCUCCUCGCAUCACCUGACCAACCACCUGAACUUCAUCCGGGACGGCAACUCCACCGACUGCGAGGAGACCUUUCUGCAGUGCGACGAACUCGACGACAGCGAGUUCAGCGAGCGAUUGGUAUGCAUCGAGAGCAUCAGUCUGCCGGAUGUGGUUGUGGAGUCAACGACCGCCAGCACGACCACAUCUGCAUCAGCAUCAGCAUCCGCAUCAGCAUCAGCAGCAGCGACAGCAGGAGGCGGUGCAUCAGCAGCACAGACCACAAAUGGCGCCGAUUCGCAGAUCAACAUCAAUAUCGCCAAUGGAGCUGGGGGCAACAGCCUGGGCAAUGUGCACUUUAUUCCCAUCCACGUCGAGGGUCGCAGUCGCAGUCGGAGCGGCAGUCCCAAGCAGCGCAGCUGGGACGACAGUUGCAUCGGCCAGGAUAUGCCGCCCAGCAUUGAGAUCAUCGAGGAUGGGAGUGUCCUGAAUAAGCCAGUGCGCCAGGAGAGUCCAUUCGACAACCAGGAACUCAGAAAGGAGCUGAAGCAGCAGAAAGCCCGAUUUAGCAGUCAAUUGGACGAUGCCCACAAAAAUGUACAUCAACUGGAGGCCAAGGUGGGAGAUAUGCAGUUCAAGAUCCAGACUCUGGAACAGGAACUGUCCCUCAAGCAAUGGAAUGUGGAAAGACUCCAGGGCGAACUGGGUGCUGCUCACAAGGACGAUGAAUAUGUGCGGAAAAAGCUGCACCUCCUCGAGGAUGAAAAGGUCCAUUUAAGGCACAAAUACAGCGAAGAUCAAGAUGAAUUCCAGCGUAAAUAUGACGAACUUGAAGCCAAGUACCACGAACUAACCGAAAAGUACAAACAAAAUCAGAUCCUGGCCGGCAGUUUGCAAACACAACUGGCCAGUGCCCAAGUCGAGGCUGAGGAAUGGCGGCAACAGGUGGAGAAGAUCCGGGCCGAGCUGGAGGAGCAAAUACGCAUCCUGAAGAGCGCCCUGGACAACUCCGAGGCGGAGCGUAAAAUCUGCGAGGAUAAGUGGCAGAAGGAGUUUGAAAUGCUCAGGACACACAAUAGAGAGCAAGAGGAAUCCCUGAUGACCGACUGCGAGUGGCAACUGCGGCAAAUGCAGCGCCAGUGCAAGGACAAGGUGGACAAGUCCAACUAUGAGCGGAAACAGGCUGCAGCCAAGGCGGAGGAACUGGAGCAGGAGUUGCAGUCUCGGCGGAAGGAGGCAGAUCAUCUGCGCACCUGCCAGGCGCAGGUGAAUUCACUGCGAGGUGUGGUCAGCGAGCAGGAGCAAUCCAUUCAGACUCUCAUGGAUCGUAUCGAGAACCUGAAGGCUGAUCUGCAAUCGGCCAAUGAUAAUCUCGAGGCGCAGAUCGAGGCUGUGCACAAGAUAAAAUAUCAGUGUGAUAAUGCCAUUUAUGACAAGGAGCGUCAGACGAUCUACAAAAUCGAUGAGGUACGCAACGAAGCAGCCGCCUUCUGGGAAAACAAACUCUAUACAGAGAUGACAAGACUGACAAAUGAACUGGAGUCCGUGUAUGUGGACGAGCGUCGGGAGGCCUUGGACAAGCUGCAGAAUGAGCAUAUUGAGGAGCUUCGAGCACUGACCAAUCGUUACACCGCCAACGAGGAGGAGCUGCGAGCGGAGAUUGAGGAUCUGCACCAGAGUCUCGAUCUGAAGAAGCAGGAUUUCCUCAGCCUACGUGAACGUUCCGAUAAUGCCUUGCUCCAGACCCGUAUGCAUUUGGAUCGAGCGGAUCGGGAGUAUCAGAAUGCCAUGUGCCGUGAGGAGGAUCGACGCGUGGAAAUGGAGCAGAGGCUGAAGCAGGAAUUUGAGGCGGAGAAAACCGAAAUGGAGGAGAAAUUCCGGGAACGCCUGGGUCAGGUGAAGGAGGAAUUUGCCAAGGAGCUGCAGCUAUCCACGCAGGACAUGGUCGAAACGCAUCGCAAAGAGCUGGACUCUCAAAAGACCAAGCUGCAGGCGGAGAGGGAUGAGGCAAUGCAGGAACUUGUGGAACGACAUCGCGCCAAAAUGGCCGCUGCCGAUGAACGAUUCAACGAUGUAGAACUUCGGCACCAGCGCAAUCUCAAGGACCUGAAGGCCGCCUACGAUGCCGAGAAGGCGGCGCUGGACAAGCGCGACAUCAGCAAUGCCAACGAGAUCGAGCAGUUGCACCGCAAGUGCCGCUGCCUGACCAACCUAUUCGAGGAGAUGCGCAUGAGAUACGAGCGCCGGGAUCCCCGAGCCGAGGACCUCCGUGAGAUCUCUGAGCUCAGGACUCGCUGCGAGAGUCAGGAGCGGGAUCUCUAUGUGCUCACCGACCUGCGUGAAAUGCAAAUCCAAAUGUCAGAAUUGCAGCAAAAUGGCGACCAAGGCGGUGGGAAAUCGGUGAAGAAGCCGCCUCCAAAAUCGAUUGCCACCAGCUGUGACGUGAUCUACGAGGAAAACGAGGAGCGUGAAUCUCCGGAGCAGGAAAAUGGGGAAAACCUCUCCUCCCAGGGUGACAACGAUGAUGAGGAAGAGGAUGCCGAACAGGAACCCAGCGACACGGAGUCGAAUCACACGAUCGAGGUCAAUGGGAAAUCCGAUCGGAUCAACGAGGAUGACGCCCAUUUGAUCACCGCCGUGUGAUUCCCCCAUGUCAUCAUCGCUAGCUUCUUCCGAAUUUGUGGCUGUAUUUUUGAGGUUCCCCGGUGUCGUGGACUAUCCCAGGAUUAAGGAUGCGGAUGGAUGAUCCCAGGCACCUUGGUGUCUUUUGUGCGCUGCCCUCUGUGUCGCCGGAUACGGAAAUCGACCAACUCUCAACCAAAUGCUCAAAGCUUGAACUCAUAAAAAUUGUAAAAUUUCUGAAUUGGUUUCUGAAACCACAAA